AUGUCACCGCCCGACGAAGACGGCGUGGCGGCGUGGCUGCGGUACGGCGAGCUGCCGGCGGCGGCGCGGACGGCGGCCAACAGUCCGGCAGUGGACACGGUGGUGGUUCUCGGCGAUGGCGACGACACGAGCCCGGUCACGGUGGCGGGCCGCGAGCUUGUGGACGGGUUCCGCACGAUUCUGGGGCAGUCGGUGACGGUCGUCCGCAGUGUCCCGCUGUCCAACGCGUCGUCGGGCGGCCUUGUGCUCGUGAUCGGCACGCUCAAGGCGUACAUGAAGGGCGGGCACACAGCACCGGCGGACGCGGCGGCGGCCGAGGUUCUCUCGCACGAGGACGGCUACUGGGUGGGCGCGUCGACGUCGGCGCAGCACGUCGUGCUCGGCCACGACGAGCGCGGCGUGCUGUACGGCGCGUUUGCGUAUCUCUCGCGGCUCGCGCAGGGCACGCUGUCGCUGUCGCCCGGCCUCGGCCUCGGCUUCGGCAGCCGCCCCAGCGCGCCGAUCCGGUGGGUCAACCAGUGGGACAACAUGGACGGGUCGAUUGAGCGCGGGUACGGCGGGCGGUCGCUGUUUUUUGCCGACGGGCAGGUGCGGCAAACGGCGGCGGCGCUGGCGCGCGUGCGGGCGUACGCGCGGCUGCUGGCGUCCGUGGGCCUCAACGGCGUGGUGGUGAACAAUGUGAACGCGGAUGCGUCGCUGCUGACGGACGCGAACCUGGCGGGGGUGCAGGCGGUGGCGGACACGAUGCGGCCGUACGGCGUGCGCGUGGGACUGGCGCUCAACUUUGACGCGCCGCGGACGCUGGGCGGGCUGGCGACGGCGGACCCGCUGGACGCCGGGGUGGAGGCGUUCUGGGCGGACGUGACGCGGCGCGUCUACGGGCGCGUGCCGGACCUGCUGGGCUACACGAUCAAGGCCAACUCCGAGGGCCAGCCCGGCCCGCUGAGCUACGGGCGCACGCUGGCCGAGGGCGCCAACGUGCUGGCGCGGCCGCUGCAGCCACACGGCGGGCUGGUGCUGUACCGCGCGUUUGUGUACGACCACCACCUGCGCGAGGAAGACCCCACGAGCGACCGGGCGAACGCGGCGGUGGACUUUUUUGCGCCGCUCGACGGCGCCUUUGCCGACAACGUUGUCGUACAGGUCAAGUUCGGGCCCAUCGACUUCCAGGUGCGCGAGCCGCCGUCGCCGCUGCUGGCGCGCCUGCGCAGGACGCCGGCGGCGAUCGAGUUCAUGGUGGCGCAGGAGUACAUGGGCCAGCAGUCGCACGCCGUGUACCUGGCGCCGCAGUGGCAGGAGAUCCUGGCGUUUGACAUGCGCGUGGACGGCGCGCCGUCGCGCGUGCGCGACCUUCUCGCGCCGGACACGACGCCUUUUGGCUGGGCCACGACGGGCUACACGGCCGUCGUCAACGUCGGCAGCGACCCGACGUGGCUCGGCCACUACCUGGCCAUGGCCAACCUGUACGCCUACGGCCGCCUGGCGUGGCGGCCCGCGGACGACGCGCGCGACAUCCUCGAGGACUGGAUUCGCCUGACCUUUGGAGCCGGCGACGCGGCCGUCGUGGCCGCCGUGUCGUCGCUGCUCAUGGACUCGUGGCCAGCCUACGAGGGACACUCGGGCAACCUGGGCGUGCAGACGCUGUGCGACAUCCUGUACACGCACUACGGGCCGUCACCGGCGUCGCAGGACGGCAACGGCUGGGGCCAGUGGACGCGCGCCGACAGCCAGGGCAUCGGCAUGGACCGGACGGUGGCCACGGGCACGGGCAACGCCGGCCAGUACCACGCCGCGGUGGCGGCCGUCUUCGAGGACGUGCGGCAGACGCCCGACGACCUGCUGCUGUGGUUCCACCACGUGCCCUACACACACGUGCUGCGCUCCGGCAAGACGGUCAUCCAGCACUUUUACGACGCCCACUACGCCGGCGCCGCCACCGUGCAGACGUUUCCGGCGCGCUGGGCCGCGCUCCGCGGCAAGAUCGACGACGCCCGGUUUGCGCACGUCGCCUUCAAGCUGGCGUACCAGGCGGGCCACGCGCUGGUCUGGCGCGACUCCGUCUGCCGCUUCUACCGGACACUGAGCGGCAUCGACGACGCGCACGGGCGCGUCAACAACCACAUGUAUCGCAUCCCCCUGGCCGCCCCGUCGCCCAACGUCGUCCUUGAUGGCUACGAGGUAGUCGAUGUCACGCCGCCCGAGGCCGCGUCCCACGGACGCGCCGUGCAGACAGCACCGUCGACCGCCACGGGCACCGUGACCGUGACGCUCGCAGUCGACGACGGCGUCUACGACAUGGCCGUCAACUACUACGACACCUCGGCUGGCCGCGCCACGUACGAGCUACUGCUCAACAGCCGCCCGAUCGGGCAGUGGGCCGGCAACCUGCAGGACCGCCUGGGCCACGACUUUUCCGCGUUUGUCGACGGCCACUCGGCGACGCGCGUCUACUUCCGCGGCGUCGCACUGAAAACGGGCGAUUCGCUGGCCAUUGUGGGCCAUGCCGACGGCAACGAGCGGGCGCCGCUCGACUACGUGUCGAUUCUGCCCGAGGGCGUUGUCGACUAG